CAAAGAAGGGAUAAUGUUUUUAAUUUCCACAAAGCUUUCAUUAACUUUUUAAUCCGCCAAUAAUCGCAUUCUAAUCCUCACAUAAUCUUUCGAGAAAACUGGGCUCUUCUCUCUACACUAUACAAAAUCAAGCUCUCAAUUUCUCAAUGAAUACUUGUCCAAGCCUCUUCCCAUGCCGACGCUUUCUCAAUCUCCUUGCUUCCUUUCUUUCUCUUCUCAUAAGUUCUUCUUGAUUCAAGGAGGAUGCAAGAUAAGCUGGAAUACCCGUUACCACCCGCCUCAAAAAAAUUUCAGAUUUUGUGUCUGUUCGGCAAAGAAAUCCAGGGGCGGGAGAAAGGUAAAGAGCAAUAUAGAGCUUUGCAAUGAUAUCCGAGAAUUUAUAUCAGCUGUUGGACUUCCAGAGGGUCAUGUUCCCUCAAUGAAGGAGCUUUCUGAUCAUGGAAGAACUGAUCUUGCGCACAUUGUGAGGCGGAGAGGAUAUAAAGUUAUUAGAGAUUUGCUUUCAAACUCCAUGGAAGAGGAAAUUGAUGGAUCCAAUAUAGAGAAAACCUUACCCAAAGAACAGGACACAAUCAGUGAUCACACAGACAUACUAACAGAAGGCCAGGACGAAAAGGUCGAGGAUAUUAUUGAAGAUAGUUCGUUGCCAACUGAAGUCCCCAUCAUCUAUUACCAUUCAGACAGUGCAGGCAGUAACCCAGAAUGCAACUCUAGUGAUCACAGUUCCAAGCAUACAGAAUCAUUGGUCAGAGUGUCAUUGGAUAUAGAAUGGCAAAAUGAUGAGGAUAAAAGCAUGGUCAAAGACAUAAAUUCUUCAACACCCUUAUCUAAUAUUGAACAACAGCUUGGGGAGGUUCAAAAUGUAGUUCAACAAAGAUCCUCCGCAACACCCUUUGGUAAUGUAGAACAGCAGGAUCAAGAGGCCUUAAGCGUGGUUGAAGAUAAUUCCUUGUCAACUGAAGUUUUGAUCAUGGAUAACUCGCAUGGUAGUUUGAAUGGGUAUCUUGAUCCCAACUCCGAUAUCAAUACCUUUGUGCCUAUGGAAAGUUCAGUUAAUUCUUCCCUGGGAGAAAAGGGCUUAGACAAUUCAAAAGGUCAGCAGGAGAAGGUCAACAGAAUGGCUGAAGACAUUGUGUUGCCAACUGGAGUUUUAAACUUGAAACGUCCAGCUGAUAGCCCUGUUUCAAGUCUCAACUUUGGUGAUCAUAGUAGCAUGCCUGGAGAUCCUGCAGCCAUGUCUUUGGAGGAUAAGGUGGCAAAGUUUAUUCAGAGCGGAGAUUUGGAUGUCAUUGAAGAUACUUUCUAUGGCAUAUUGGAUGAAAGCACCAAAUAUAGUGAGGGGGUUAAUGAACCAGAGAAUGAGACUGAAAUUCCAUCAAAGACACCUUCAGAAGAGAAAUCUGAACAUGCAGUUAGCAGAAGCAAUGCUGCUUUAGCAUUGAAUGGGAAUAUACCAACAUCCAAGCACAACUUGCCUCCUGUGAGGAUUUACCACCCUGCUAGGAAUGACAGUUUGUCAGAUGAAGGCCCAGCCAGUUCUGAUCUUGACAAGGAUUAUGAUGUUGAGACCAACAAGAGGGAGGAUCAGAUUGAGAUUAAUCAUCUCAAACUCAUGCUGGUAAUGCGUCAAAAAGAGUUGGAACUAUCCCGUUUGAAGGAACAGAUUGAGAAGGAAAAGCUUGCUUUAUCUGAUUUACAAACUAAGGCUGAAAGAGAGAUUAGCAAAGCUCAAAAACUUAUCUCUGAAAAAGAUGUUGAACUACUUGCUGCUGAAGAAAGCCUUUCUGGAUUGGUGGAGGUUAAAAUCCAAUACACUGGGGAUGGUGAAAUUGUGGAGGUGGCAGGUAGCUUCAGUGGUUGGCAUCACCCGAUUAAAAUGGAUCCUCAGCCAUCUUCUAGCAAUUCAGAUACUACAGGAUCAAGGAAAUCCAGAUUUUGGUCAACAAUGCUGUGGCUUUAUCCAGGUGUAUAUGAGAUAAAAUUCAUUGUCGAUGGCCAUUGGAAGAUUGAUCCUCAGAUAGAGACAGUUACCAAGGGUGGAAUUUGUAACAAUAUUCUCCAAGUUGUUGGAUGAAAGGUUUUUGGGCCUUCAUUCAUGGAAGACAUUCUAGUUCUCUGUCUAAACUUAAGUGCAGAACACUGAUAAAUUGGAUAUUGUACAGACGACAGAAAAAUUUAAGCAAGCAAGAUUUUGUGGAUUCUGGAUUAAUGCUGCAACUGUGUACCUUUCAAAUAAGAGUCUUUGCGUUCUGUGCAGCGUAUAAAAUUUUGUAUUCAUCAGGGUAGCCGUGCAUCCAUUGACAAAAACUUGGCUAGCCGCAGGUAGAAGCCCAAGGCUUGCUAUGGAGAGAGUAAUGUCAAUGUACCAUGCUACGUACUAUGCUGGUGUUACUAGUGCUAAAACGUUUGAAUUAGGUAUAGUUACUGGAUACUAGGUGAGUUUCUGAGAAGCAGUGAAAUUUAAUCAGAAGAGUUGGUCAUGUGCAUCUGAAAUUGAUUAUGUAAAUUUUGAAUUAGUAAGAAUCGUUUUGGCAGAGAUUUGGAAUCUUUAUUGAUCUUUACAUUCAUAAAUCUUCUGCUACAUGUUUAUUCAAUAGAGCAUCAAGCUUUUGUAUGCAAA